ACGUCAUCCGUCAACAAACGAGCUGGGCUCUCCGGAGGCGCCGCCACGAUGACCAAGUACUGCCGGGCGCCGCGAUGCUCCAACUCGGCCGGGCAGCCGCGCCGGGACCAGCGGCGGCUCAGCUUCUACAAGUUUCCCUUACACAGCCCUGAGCGUCUCCGGCAGUGGCUUUCCCAAAUGAACCAAGAAAAAUGGAUCCCCACCAAACACCAACAUUUGUGCAGUGAUCAUUUUGCCCCCUCCUGCUUUGAGUACCGGUGGGGAGUUCGCUACCUGAAACCCGAUGCCGUUCCCACCAUCUUCCAGACGUCGGACAGCCCACUGAAGAGGGAGGCUCCUGCCAAACCGGCUUCAAACACACCUGCCAAGAAGCUCCUUCUCGAGUGUGUUGGAGAGGGGGCCACUCCCGCUGCACAAACCCUGACCUGCCAGGAGCCCAGCACCAUGGAGACCCUCACCAUAGCCAUAGACCCCAGUGUGGCCGCCACCCCGGUCUACGUGGAGACUCAGUCUUCGGCCCCCAACUUGGACUUCCAGACCCUCUCGGGACCCCUAGUUGGGACGGUGAACCUCCUUCCUCUGGUCCAAAUCGUGGAGCCCCUCAAAGCCGUGACCCUGGCGGUGGCUUCCCCCACGCCAGCCGUGGCGGGCCACGUUUUGCAGGAGCCCCUGGAGCAGCAGGUGGUGGAUUUUGUGGCCUCUCUGCCCCCGGCCACGCUGGGAGCCUUGCCCAGCUCUUCCGUAGGGCUGGCCGGGCAGCUUUGCACUGAAGUGGCCUUGCCUUGUGAAGUGGUGGCCGCGGGCGAUCAGACUUCGAUAAGGGCCAUGAUGGCCGAGCCGGCAGCGAUGGCUGAACAGGGGGCCCUGGUGAUCGAGAACAUCUCCAUUGAGCCUUUCUUGGAAGGCGGCCCUUCCGUGGCCGUCCCCGUCCUGCAAGAGCCCACCGCCACCACCGAGAUGGUGGCCUAUUUUGAGACCAUCCCCACCGCUCCCGUCGCCGCCACCGCCGCCUCUUCCGGGCUGACGCCCCCUGAGACGGUGUUGUCCUCGGCCCUCAGCCUGCCCAUCGUCUCCACCCUGCCCAUCGUCUCCAACCAGGCGCCCCCGGAGGCCUCCCUCUCAGCCGAGGAGGUGAAGCUGGAGGAGGGCAGCUCUUCCGCCGACUCUUCGGAGGAGCCCCUGGAGGAACAUCGCUACCACCGGAACGAGGGGACGACGGCCGAGCUGGUGGAGGUGGUGAUGGGGCUCCAGAAGAAGGUGAAAGUGCUCCAGCAGAGACACCGGCGGCACUGUGCCAAGCUGGAGGCCAUGGAGAGCAUGGUGGAGCAGCUCUGGAAGGAGAACUUGGUGUCGGAGGAGAAACUGAAGGUUCUGGAGUUGGCCUGCCUGCAGUCCAGCACCUUCGUGCCAGAGGCCGGUGGCGCAGUGGCCAUCAUCUGCCAGGACAGAGACCAAGCCUUGGUCUACGCCAUGCCUCAGCUCCCCAGUGAAGGCAACGAGACCAUCCUCCAGCUGGAAGAACAGUGAGCAGGGACUGAAUGGAGGGAGGGAGGGAAGGGGGGCAGCUGAGAACAAGCCUUUCUGCAUCUGGUUGCCCCCUCAGCCCUCCCCAGGAAGUGGCCAGAGGCCACAGCCCCCCAAGAACGCCGGCCCAGCUAAGCAGAGCUUCAGCUGCCUCUCGGUGGCCUUAUUCCUUCAGCACCUUAUCUUGUGAUUUCUCUCGGGGGGUAUUUGAGAUGAUUAUAUAUACAAUGCACUUUCAGCCCUAAUCCUCCUCGGGGCUCCGAGGCUGCUAAUUUGCCUCAAGCCUGGCUGGCGUGGCCGUGGCCCAGGGUGAUGGGAAUUGUAGUGCAAAAGGGAAGACUUCAACCACCGUUCUUCCUCCCUCGUUUUUAAUUCUCAUCAGCGUCACCGGAUAGCGGCCAACGAGUCCCCUGUUCAUUUUCAUAUCCUAGAAUUUUGCUGUCUGUUGGUGCUUUUUUGUUUCGAAGGGCUCGGCAUCUGCAAGGUGAUUUUCCUUCCUGGAGGGGCUGCUGCUGGCCUCUCCAUUUUUCCUCGCUGAUUCCAACUAGACGGGAGAAAUGGUUCCGUGCUGUUGAUCCCAACGUCUUUCAUGCAGAGCUUGCAAUCCGAUGGGUUAUUACUAUGAUUAUUAUUAUUAUUAUUAGGGGGUUGAAUGGAAGGGGAGGGCAGGAAGAGCGUGUAGGAAACACGGUAAGAAGAGAGAAGAAAGUCUUAAGGGGCCACAAACAAGCGAAAAGGGAAGUGUGGAAAGGAUUGAGACACGGCGACAAUCGACAAUAGGCCUCGUGCAUUUGGAAAUGCGCCUGUAUUUUGCAAGCCCAAAGCCAGCUGCAGUUGUGCACGUCUGCCUCCUUCGAACCUGGCACUCUUUAAGAGUAAAUCCCAGAAUCCCCCAGUGAUACAAGAUGGAGUUUUCUGUGAAUUGUAGUUCAAAGUACCUGGAGAAACCAUCAAGAUGAAUGCGAAACUCUCCGUCGACAAGAUUAAGAACAUGUCAUUGUCAAUUCGAAGAACGUCUCGAAUUCUUUCUGCUUUUCCUCGUGGCCAAUUCCUGUAACUGUCUUGAAACCCAAAAAGUCUUCCCAACUAGCUGCCAAAUAAGAUCGUGAAUGAGUUUUGAUCAUAAAUCCUUUCAUUGGUUAAAUCUUCAUUUAAAAAAAAAAACACAUACACACACACACACAAACAAAAUAGACUGGUUUCUGUGUACCUAAGCAUUGGAGUAAAGAUUUCAUCAAAGGUUUUACAAACGCGGGCCCAUCUUCCCCAGUCUGGUGCCUUUCAGAUAAAUUGGGCCUAAAAUUCCUAGCCAGGGUAGCCAAAGGAACUCUGGGAGUUGUAGUCCACCCCAUAACGGAGGCUGGCAGCUCGAGGAAGGCCAGGGUAAAUCUUGAGAGAAUUGAGCAGGGAUGAUCUCUUUGCAUGUGCUGUGUGUUUAUACAGUUCUGUAACUUAAAUGAAUAAAGGGAAUCUGUCAGAAAA